UUUGUCGUAAUGGAUGAAAACACAGGAUACAAUAAAGUUGAAGAUGCGGUUGGUUGUCAUGUUGAAGAUGCUGUGACAUUUUGGGCACAGAACAUGAGUAGAAAUAAUGACAUCUUGAAAUUAAGUCAUGCACUGGCUGAAGUUUGUCCUCAGGCCAACUCAGUUUUUGGCAAUCCUGAUUUUACUAAGAUCUACGGUGGAUGUUUUUCUGAAGAUAAAUGCUGGUAUAGAUGCAAAGUACAGCAAGUGAUCAGUGAUGAAAAGUGUCAGGUAUUAUACAUUGAUUAUGGAAAUUCUGAGAUUCUAAAUCGAUCAGAAAUAGUUGAGAUUCCAGAGAACUUGCAAUUUCCCAACAUUGCUAAAAAGUAUAGACUCUGGGGACUACAGAUUCCUCCUGAUCAAGAUUUAAAUCAAUUUGACCAGGGGAGAAAGUUUUUAUGCAGUUUAAUUUUUGAAAAAGAAAUAAAAAUGCGACACAAAGCCACAUACCAGGAUGGUACCAUUGUUGCCCAGGCUGAGUAUGGAAAAGUGGAUAUUGGGGAAGAAGUGGCUAAGAAGGGGUUUGCUGAAAAAUGCAAAUCCCCUAUAAAUGCUAACAACUGCGAAGAGAAAAAAACAGAUGUUGUUCAGUACCAACCCUGGAAUGCAAAAGUUUCAGCUCCAGCAUGGGAGAACAGACCCAACCCUUCAGUAUCCAACCGACUGAAAGGGCGUUUUGGUGACCAGAUAGGUACCAACAUGAGGAAUGACAAUCAUACUGGGAACCAUAUGCCUUUUGCGAAGGAAAAAUUGAUGGCUUGUGACUUUAAUAUGGGGUCAAACAUCAGUUUGGCAAAAAUAAAACAGGAUCAGAAACUGUUUGAAGAGAAUGAAAAGCUCAGAAACGAGAAAGAGAUUCUCCAAGAGGAAAAUCAAAUUCUCCUCCAAAAUUCUAAAGAACUAGAAUCGACAAUUGCACAGCUGAACCAUCAAAUGCAGGAAGAAAAGGAAACAUCUAAGGAAACUCUUAAACAUUUGGGGAAAAUUCUGCAUACGUAUGUAGGAACUAAAAUGAGAAGUUUGGCUGCCCAGGUUGAGGUACUGAAAGAUGUUAGGCGUUCAAAUAUGAAUGUUCAUUUUGGAGAUGACCUCUUCGGAGCUGUAAAGGAGGUUACUGAAAGAUGUCUCAUUGCUCCGUCUUCCUUGGGAAAGUUGGAGAAGAUUUGGGCAGAAUAUAACUUGGCUCAAGAGAUGAUUCAGUUGUGCAAAAAUGUGAAUGAAAGUGAUAUCUUGAUUCUCGAGAGAAAUGAAGUGCAAAAGAAUUUGUACUCUGCAAUGGAAGAAUUCAUUCUGGAAGUGGAUGAGCUACCUCUCUCUGAACGUUCAACUAUUUUGCAGGAACUGUCUGGUUCUCUGGAGGCAAUAUAUGGUCAAGUUAGUGAAGCAGAUGACUCUGAGGAGGCAUUUCAGCAGUUUUUUGAGUGGAAGCAAACUAAACUGGAGGAAUUCAGUCGUGUCAGAAGUGGUACAAAUGCUUCCCUACAGAUUCUUGCAACAUGGUUCAGUGGCAUGAUAAAGUUUUUUGACCUGACAUCAGAAGUAUCUUUGAAGUCAGAAGAAGUAGUUGGCAACGUGGAUGAAGUUCUUGAGAAGGUUGAGUCAGAUACCUGCAAAGAGCUGGAUAUUUCUCUAGUUGAGCAAGAUGAGGCAGAUAAGGAAAUAAUCUUAAAUGCUUACAAUAAAGUUAUACGGAAGAUCCGUCAGGAGCAACAUCUAAUCACUGUAGUACAGAGCAAGUAUUUGGCCAGUGUUGAGUUUAAAAAGCAGAUUGUGGAAUGGUUGAAUAAAAGUCCCAACAUUGACAAUUUGUUAUCAAUUAAGAAGACUUUGAAAAAUGUAAAGGCACGACUCAGAUGGAAGUUGGUUGAAAAGAGCAACUUGGAAGAAUCUGAUGAUUACAGUGAGUAUGAAAUAACAAAAAUAAAAGAAGAAAUCACUGGACUGAGAAACAGUCUCAUUCAGGAAAUAUACAAUGAACAAGAAGAAUAUGAGAGGCUUAGUUGCCUGGUGCAGAAAUGGUUCCCUGAGCUGCCACUCCUUCACCCGGAAGCAGGAAUUCUGAAGUAUAUGAACUCUGGUGGACUUCUGACAGUCAGCUUAGAACGGGAUCUUCUUGAUGCUGAACCCCUUAAGGAAUUGAGCACGAAGCACCCAUUAGUGUGUUCGGAAGUUCAAGAACAGAAGGUUCUUUUAAAGGGCUAUUCGGUAGAUGUGAGCACAGAGGCAAAAGUGAUAGAAAGAGCAGCCAAAUAUCACAGAGCUUGGAGUGAAUUUAAGGAGAAAUCUGGAUUAUUACAGUUGAUGUUCCUUUUUUUGUGCAAGUCUGAUCCUUUGGUAUAUCUGAUGGUCCCAUAUUACCCAGGAGCAAGUCUAGGAGCACUGCAGGCUAGUACACCUUUAACUUCAGAAGAAAUAUUGAAAGUGAUGGAAGGAGUGUCACGUGGUCUGCAUACGCUGCACAAAGCUAAUAUAGUUCAUGGAUCUCUGCAUACAAAUAAUGUGUUUGCUGUGAAUCGAAAACAAGGAAUUGUUGGAGAUUUUGACUUCACCAAAUCAGUGGAUCAACGUGCCUCUGCGAACUCUAUGGUAGUGGGCAACUUGAACUUAAUUUCCCCUGAAUUAAGAAUGGGACACCUGGCAUCUCCAUCCUCUGACAUGUACGCCUAUGGCUGCCUUCUAUUCUGGCUGUUUGUUGGAGAUCAAGAAUUUAAAAUUAAGGAAAAUGGAACCCCUGAAGUGGAUGAACUUAAUAUGGAUGAUAAGGUUAAAUCUCUACUCUUGAAUCUGAUCUGCAGUAACAGAAUGACAGCUGAGCAAGUGCUGAAUGAUGAGUGUUUCUUGUUGCCUGAUGUGAUCCCAGCUCCACCACAGAAUGAACCUGGUGAAGAGCUUGAAUGUGAAAAGACAGAGGAAAAAGGCGAGGACAUCAUCAGUUCUGUCAACAAGACAGAUGACGAUGAGGAGAUAGACCCUUCUCAGUAG